CCCCGGAUUUCGUUUAGUUCACGUCACAGCCGAGCUAAUUUUCAUUUAUUUUAGCCGCCGCCGCAGCUGUGCUCAGGGAUCCCGCGGCCGGCUUGGAGGAGGAUGUGCCUGCGUCCUGCUGCGGAUCCCCUGUCUGCACUGCACAGUCCGCGUGAAUAAAGCGCACUGAGGAAUUCUGCUCAAGCACCCCUGUUAAGCAGGGAGAACUGCCCGCAGCACGGCGGUGAUACCAUUCGCGGACCCACCGCGCUGGGAAACCCCUCCCUCCUCAACGCGUCCACUGAUCGGCGCGGGCCAAUCUGCAGGGAUAACACCAGACCCGCUGCUUACCAUUAUCGAGCAAAGUUUCUGUAGGAGAACCAGGACAAUAGAUUGAUCUUGCGAUAGCGAGCCGACGGUUUUUGUUUUAGAUAUAUACAUCUGUGCUCUGGGAGAUGGAUCUUCCUGGAUUUGGCAACGAUGCGACAAGCAAAACUGUAAACACUUUAACCCUCGGGUCGCAAUCAGAAUGGAGAUUUGAAGUUGCUUUGGACAAGACCGUCAACGUCAAGAUACUACAAGGACACGCCGAAAUCUUCGGCACAGAACUUGCACUAGGCCACACCUAUCAAUUCACGGCGACAAAACUCAGUAUAUACACAUGGCUAGGCUGCCAGAUCGAAUGGGAAGGCGAGGUACUAGGCGAGUACACCUCGGACGAGUCGGCGAUGCCAAACUAUGCAAAUCUACACUUUGCCCUCGAAAAGCUUCGCGCGCAGGCCGCAGCAAUUGAUACACAGUAUAUAAAGAAGGAAAUCGGUGCCGCUGCUACCUCAGGUCAACCAGAUCGCGAGGCCGAGGGCCCAAAAGUUUUGAUUAUCGGACCCCGGUUUUCGGGAAAAACCUCGCUCGCGAAAAUUCUCACCGCAUAUGCUUCGAAAAUGGGACGCUCGCCAGUGGCGAUCAGUCUUGAUCCGAAGGAGAGCAUGCUCAGUCUUCCUGGCACGAUCUCGGCCGCGACGUUUGCGACGAUGAUGGAUGUCGAAAAGACAGAGACGUGGAGCUCGAGCGCGACGACGGGGCCGAUGCAUAUCCCGCCAAAGAAUCCGAUUGUGUAUUAUUAUGGCUCUGAUUCUCCGACUGAUAAUAUUCGGUUUUACAAGAGCGUGAUGAAUAGAUUAUCUCUUGCGGUCUCUUCCCGGAUAGCAGUCGAUGCAAAAGCGCGAAUCUCCGGCACAAUAAUCGACGCAACAGGAAUCCUAGACCCCAAAGUCGGCUACGACCUCAUCGACACCAUCGUCGCCGACUUCUCCGUCGACGUCGUGGUCACAGUGGGCAACGAGCGUCUGUACAACGACCUCCUAAAGAGAUACAACGCCAGACAAAACAUGACGGUGGUAAAAGUCCCGCGGUCGGGAGGUGUGGUCGAGACUGAUGCUAGUUAUCUGCGGUCGAUUCAGCAGAGGUUGUUUAAGGAGUACUUUUAUGGACAGCCAAAGUUUCCGCUUUCGGCAUUCACUGUCACUGUUGAUAUCUCUGCUGUUACUGUAUACAAACGAGCAGAACAAUCGCGUCUGGUCAGCUCAUCAGCCUUACCGAUCGGCACUGAACUAUCUACAGCCCACGAAUCGCUCAUCACAAAGACGGCUGCGUCCGCGGCACUGCAGAAUUCGAUCUUGGCGCUUCUGUACGCAAGUCCUAGUGAUUCCGAGGAGGAUAUCGCAGAAUCCAGCGUCAUGGGAUUUGUGCAUAUACUGGACGUGGACGAGACAAAACACAAGAUGAAGGUACUGAUGCCGAUCAAGUCGCGAUUGCCAGCGCAGGUAUAUCUCAUGGGAAGCUAUCACUACAUGGAAUGAGCAGACGUGGCUGGCUCCAGGAUGUUUGUUGUUGUCCUCUUGCGUACAAUUGAUCGCUGGUAUGUGACGAUGUACGGCCGAGACGGCUAAUAUGUAUAAUAUAUAAACCAAAAUAAAAAUUCAAGACAAAGCAAUAGUUUAUUAAUGAUAA